CUUUGUUUAGUCAGUAAACACUUAGAGAGCGCAUUUCAAUUUUCUUCGGCAUGACCAAAAUCCGUGCAUCUAAGUUGCGUGGAAAGCCUGAGUCUGAGCUCCAAAAGCAGUUGGGUGAGCUGAAGACGGAACUUGGAAACCUUCGUCUCUAUCGUGUAACGCGUGGUACAUCCUAUCAUGGGAAGCUGAAAAAGAUCCGGACUCUUCGCAAGUCGAUUGCACGCGUUUAUACUGUUAUGCAUCAGGCUCAAAAACUACGUCAAAGAGAAGCUUAUCGUUCUAAAAGAUACGUUCCUAAGGAUUUACGACCGAAGAAGACCAGAGCAAUUCGAAGAAGACUCACUAAAAAAGAGCAGUCUAUACAUUCAGCACGGUCAAUGCGCAAGGCGAGAGCAUUCCCACGUCGUGUCUUCGCGAUUAAAUGCUAAAUAAUAAAGGUUCUGAUUGGCACUUCCUCAUUGUUGGUCAUGUGAGUAUCGGGGGUUUUCGGGUCGGCAAUAUAAGUAUUUAAGGAUUUC